UGAAUAAGUCUUUCUUUUGGACAAAAAUAAACGAAGAAAUGAUGAAUCUUUGUUUACCUUUACUUAGAAUAAAUUCAAUAAAUUGUGCAGGAAAAUUGAUAAAACGUCACUUUAGCUAUUUAAAUCUGUCCUUUAAAGGUCAUCGUACUGUAAUAUAUCAAACUAACUCUCCUCAAAAGUAUACGCUCGUGAAAUAUAAUCAGGUACGUUUCAAUACUACGACGCCACCAGUAGAAACCAUCGGUUUCCUAGCCAAUAUUUGGCAAUCAAUCUCAAAUAGCACACCUGUGGCUUAUGUGCAACAAAGUUUAGUUGAUAUACAUGAUUUUACCGGUUUACCUUGGUGGGCUUCAAUUGUUAUUUCUACGAUAUUAUUUCGUAGUUUAGUAACGUUGCCACUAACGGUUUAUCAACAUGAAAUUACUGCCCGCCUGGAAAAAAUAUCACUCGAAAUGCCUGCCAUUGUAAACGAAUUAAAAAAAGAGGCUAACUUAGCUAUGAAGACUUUCAAAUGGACAGAGCAACAAACCAAAAUGGUUUAUAACAGAUCGCUUCGAAAGCAGUGGAAGACAUUGGUUAUACGUGAAAAUUGUCAUCCUGCCAAAACAUUUAUUGUGUUAUGGGGACAAAUACCAUUGUGGAUUUUUCAAUCCGUGGCCUUGCGUAAUUUGGUAAAUAUGCUACCGGAUCCUACUUCACUGCAAGCACAAAUUGUGGUUACCGAAAUGACAAUAGGUGGUUUUGGAUGGAUACCGAAUCUUACCGAAGUUGAUAAUUCUUACAUAUUGCCAGUCACAUUGGGUAUCAUCAAUUUAGCUAUAAUAGAGGUUCAAUCUAUGAUACGUACACGACCCGCUACACGUUUUCAAAAGUUUGUAACAAAUAUUUUCCGUGGGCUCAGUUUGCUAAUGGUUCCAAUAGCAUGUACCGUUCCGUCAGCACUUACGGUAUAUUGGGUUUCUUCUAGCUGCUAUGGUUUAACUCAAAAUCUUUUACUUAUGUCGCCGGGUGCAAGACGGGCUUUUCGUAUAACAAAGACGCCCAGUGAAUUAGAAAAUCCUUACAAACAUUUAUGGCUGCGCGUAAGACAGAGAACAGGAUAUAAAGGCGCAACUUUAAUAUCUCAGACAGCAAAGUCUACACCAAAGGAGAAUAAAAUGGAGGGAGAUAAAAGUCAAAAAGAAUAAUUUCAAGAUUACAGCUUAGAUAAAGAGAAAUCUUAACAUUUUGGUUUAUUUAUUUGCUAACGUUUAAGUUCAACAUUUAUUUCAUAAAUAAGUUGUUCCUUCCUUGCUCCUGUUAUUUAUUUAUUUAGUUAGUCAGUAAGUAUUGACACA